AUGUCGCCCCAGGGAGAUCACAACUGCAACCAGGAGGUUCCCCGAACCCCCGACUCUGGAAUUGAUAUGGCCAACGGCCAGGAUCUCGGCGCUAUGGCCAAUGCGGCCAACAAUCCUCAGAAUGCUCUGGUGUCGAUCGAGCGCUAUGGUGUCACUGUCAGCUACACCCUCGGCCAGAUCACUGAGAUGGGUGCUGCACUCGCCCGUGCUCGUGCUGAGGGCCUCUUCCCGCCCACCACCGCUGCCAGUCAUGAUGUCCAGGCUAUCACCAGCGACUACUUUCGCCUUGUUCAGCUCACUGCUGCCCGCGGUAACGCCCCUCGCGAGGAGUGGAACCAGAUGCGCCAUGUGGUCCAGCUUCUGGUUGAGAUCACUCAAGAAAUUCGGGUUCGUGAUAAGGUCGCAGCCGAGAAGACUGAGGAGGAGCGUGUCCAGGCUCAUGUUACCAACAUGAUGAGCGGUGUUAGUGCUGAGAACAAGCUCUACGACAUUGUCAAGCAUGCCGUAGUCCACGCUGUCCAAAAUGGAACAGCUGCGGAAGCUACUGCUGGCCAGAACAUGGCAAAUCUUCUGAAUGGCAUCCGGGGUGUCAUCAAAGAGAUGGCUGGUCAGGGCACACACAACGUCGAUGGUGUCAAUAUUGAGGCUGUAUUGGAGGACGUCUUUGGAAUGAUUGACUUUGCUCUUGGCAAUGUUGUUGAUCCUCUUGGUAGGAAUGUCCAGCAGAUGCAGGGUCAGCUUAACCAUGUUGACGGCCAGAUCAGUCAGCUGGAUAGCAUCACUAACGGACAAGUUGAUGCCAUUGGCCAUCACGUCAACGCCAUUUCCGGUCAUGUUCGCUCUCUUGGCAACAACAUUAAUGCGUUCGGCACCCUCUUGAACUCGACUAAUGGCAAUGUUGUAUCCCUAAACACUCAGAUUGCGCUACUUCAGACUAUCAUCAACAUGCUUCCUCGCAUGAUCUCUGAGGCCCUUCAGCAGAUGCUGCCUGAAGCUAUGCAGUCUUCUAUUGGCCCAGUCAUGCAGGCUCUUGAGGCUCAGCUCGGCACCGCCUUGCCUAUUGGUGCUGCUCGCGGCACCCAGCAGCAGCCUCGGGGACUGAAGAAGCUCUUCAAGUCCGUCAAGAAGAUGUUCCGUAAGCACUAA